CUUCUCUCUCGAGUCAUGCUCGGACAUGCCGGGCCGCUCUUUUUGGAAGAGUGAAGUCCAGGCAUGCCCGUAAACGAACUCGCGGGCGCCGCUAUUUAUACUCUGCCCUUGGGAGGUUCCGGGCAGGCAGUUGCGUGGCGUUUGGAGUUGCGACUCUCGUAGCUGCGGUUCCCCUCACGCAGGCAAAUGUGCAAUACUAAAAUGGCUUCUGGGACCGACCAGCCCGCGGCUGGCACAGCUGCCAUUGGCCGCUUGGAUCAAGAAGCGCUGAUUAAGCCCAAGCCACUGCUUAUGAAACUUUUACAGUUUGCUGGUGCAGAAAAGGAUACUUUUACCAUGAAGGAGAUUUUGUUCUAUAUUGGUCAAUAUAUUAUGUCUAAACGUCUGUAUGAUGAAAAGCAACAGCAUAUUGUCCACUGUGCAAAUGACCUUCUGGGCGAACUGUUUGGAGUACAGAGUUUUUCUAUAAAAGAACACAGGCAAUUAUAUUUGAUGAUUUCCAAAAACCUGGUAACAGCCAGCCAGCAAGACUCUAAUAAUGUUAACACAGCUAUGAAUCAGUCCAGAUGCCAGCUAGAAAAUGGAAACAUUCUAAAGGAAACAAUACAAGGAGCAAAUGAAGCAACUACUUCCCGAAGAAGAACAUACAGUGAAACAGAAGAAAGUGCUUCAGAAGAUAUGAAUUAUGAAAGACAAAGAAAAAGGCACAAAUCAGACAGUAUUUCCCUUACAUUUGAUGAAAGUCUUAAAUGGUGUUUAGUACAUUGUGAACGAAGCAACAGCAGCAGUUCAAUAGAUUCUCCACCAAGUCCAGAUCAUGCCAGUUUAAGUGAAAACUCAGACUGGUUAGAUGAGGAUUCGGUUUCAGAUCAGUUCAGUGUAGAGUUUGAAGUUGAAUCUAUCUACUCAGAAGACUAUAGUCCUAACGAAGAAGGGUUUGAGCUAACAGAUGAGGAUGAUGAAGUAUAUCAAGUUACUAUAUAUCAGACUGAAGACAGUGAUAUGGAUUCAUUUGAUGGAGACCCUGAAAUUUCACUAGCUGAUUAUUGGAAAUGCUCAAAGUGCAAUGAAAUGAACCCACCUCUUCCAUCCCAUUGCCCAAGAUGCUGGACUCUUCGGAAGGAUUGGCUCCCUGAUAAAAAAGCUGAGAUAUUCAAGAAGUGCAAACUUCUAAAUACCCCACCUUUAGAUCCCGAGGAGGGCUUUGAUGUUCCUGACUGUAAGAAAGGGAAAAUAAAUGAGGAUAAAGAAGAAGAAAAUGCAGAACAAAGCCCUGAAUCUCAGGAAAGCGAGGCAUAUUCACAGCCAUCUACAUCUAGCAGUAUGCUUUACAGUAGCCAAGAAGUUUGUAAAGAAUCUGAGAAAGAAGACACUGAAGACCAAGAAGAAAGACUGGAACCUGGACAGCCUGUCUCCAGUGUAGAGCCUUGUGUCAUAUGCCAAACACGACCUAAAAAUGGUUGCAUCGUACAUGGAAGGACAGGACAUCUGAUGUCAUGUUUCGUAUGUGCAAAAAAAUUGAAGAAAAGGAACAAGCCUUGUCCAGUCUGCAGGCAGCCAAUUGAAAUGAUAUUGCUAACUUAUUUUUGCUAGCUGCGGUACAAACAGAACUGUUCCCAUAUGUAGAGUAACAGAGUAUGCAAUUUUGAAUGUUUACAGAAAUGUGCUUACCUUCUAAAAUACAGAAAUUUUUAAACAUUGCACUGCAAUUGAUAGUGUGAUCAUGACAUUCUCCAAUUUUGUUUUUUGUGAUUUGCCCAAACAGUAAGCACAUGUAUACAUAAUGACAUGCAAAUUGUGAUUUUCAGAACUUAUUCUUUUAUUCUCUUGGGGUAAAUGGAAAUAAAGUAUAUAUUCUAUUCUAAAACUGAAAA